ACCCCUAACCGGCGCUGAUUUAGGCUGGAGCACGCCCUGGCCGGUGGCGGCCGUGCCCAGGCCGUCAGCAGCGAGCCUCUGGCCGGUGCUGAGCCUGACUUCGAAGAGGUCCUAGGCCGGAGCGGCCGUGAACUGGCUUCGUCUUCACUGCUUCUUCCAGCUUGUGCGAUCGCUCACCGGAGGCUCCUCUCCUCUUGCAGUUCCUGUCCAUGAAGAUCGCCGCAUCCAACCCGGUGGUGAGCUUCGACAUCGUCGAGGACCUCUUCGGAAGGCAGCUGAAGCAGGCGUGCAACCCUGCCGCCCUGCCCACGAUGGCUCUGCCGGCCGGGCAGCUGGAGCCGGCCUGCCUUCAGAUGAACCCCAUGCAGCAGGUGCACCCGUCCGCAGCGGCAGGCUCCACCGGCUUUGGGCUGGACAUGGUCAUCAACAAACUGUACCCGCCGCCCGCCGCCGCGAGCUGCCCCGUGUCGGCUGCCACGCCGGUGACGGCGGCGGCCGGGCCGUCGAUCGAGCCGUGCCUCAACGUGAAUGGAGCUGCUGCUGCCGCCUGGGAUAUUGGCUCCCAGAAUUUGUUCGGUGGAUUUGAUGCACAGUUUCAGUCAGUAGAAAGUGAGUAAGGCCUGUUUAGUUCCCCCAAAAUUCCAACUUUGACACUAUGGAAAAAAAAGAUUCCCCAUCACAUCAAACUUGCGAUACAUGCAUGGAGUACUGAAUGUAGACGAAAUCAAAAACUAAUUGCACAGUUUUAUUGUACUUUG